AUGAGCUCACAUUUGGAAAACGACAACUUAGCUAGCAAUCCGACGAAUAAUAAUUCAAGUGCCACCGCAACUGCUACCGCCACCAGCACAUCAUCUGCCGCCCCUGGAGGCCCUCCCCAUUCAGACUCUACUCCAUCAACAAGCGCAUCCGCUCCCUCCGCAAACACAAGUACCACGUCGGUCUCGUCGGCUUCUUCUACCCAUUCUUGCGCCACCAAGAAACGCACAUUAAACCAGCUACUCAAUCACACCAAGAAGAUAAAAAUGGUCUCCAACAGCUCCCACAGCUCCCACGGCCACCAGCCAACAAAGCAAAAGACCGGCAACAACACAGACGACCUCAACAUUCAUCUGAGCAACCAGCAGACUUCGUCCUCCUCCAUAACAAACUCUUUCCCUAUAGAGAAGCGGUUUCGUUCUCGUUCGGUUCCCUACAUCCCCUAUCAGACUUUCAGCCAAUGCGAGAACAACAAGGCCUCCAUGUCUCGGUUUUCAGGUGUCAGUGUGCAGGACAUCACAAGCUCCAUUCUGUUGACCAACCCCUUGCCUCCUGUGAAUUUGUCAAGUCUGCGAGAAAUCGAUCUGCAAGAGAUCCUGAAGAACCCACAAUUACGCCAUGACAUCAUAUUUGAUCCCCAGUUACAGUUCCGUCCAAACGUAGAAGGAGACAGAGGCAAAAGAAAGAAGUUGCACAUCGACAAGUAUUGGUCGUCCAUCGAAAGAGAGCUCACCCUCUAUUUUGAGUCACAUCUCAACUUCAACUUGGCCAUUUCCAAGUUGCCAACCCUUUUUAUUACCCUCAGAGACAUUCUGCUGAGCCUAAUGCCCCAACAAGACAAACAGAAAAUAAUCGACGUUAUGGACAUUGAACUUUUGAUCCAAAACUUGAAAAAUGGUACCCUUCAACUCUGUCCAAUGUUCCAAUGGCUAGGAUCGGUUUUGAAGAAAAACUGCGCUCCCACAAGAGAUUCCAUUGUCGACAACAUGUUAAGCUGCUUCGAAAGGGAUGCCGAUGUGAAAAGUAUUAUUAAAGGUCUUGGCUACAGCUUCCAAAUCCUAGAGAGAAUGAAGUUGGAUGUGGCUAACCAUCAAAUUCGCAUCAUGAAACCCUUGUUAAUAUCCACAGCUAUCGACUUUGAGAAGGACUACUUCAACCAAAUGAUCAAAAGAGACAAAAUAUCUAUUCAAGACAGUCUUGGUUGGUACUCCAAGGCAUAUCACAAAUUGGCUGGCACUAUCAAAUCUGAAAACUUGCAUCAAUAUACCAUCAUCCAUUCAAUUAUUGACCUUUUAAGCUGUCGCAACAUGGUCAACGAGUUUCCAUCCACUCUUUCAUUUGACAACUCCAAACUAAUUGUGCUAAGAGCCGAUAUCAGACAACUUGCCUGCUUGCAACUAUGUAUACUGUUGUACAAGCAGCUUGUUCUUCGUUUUGAUGAGAACUUGUCUUAUAGGGCCGAGUUGCUCUCAUUCGACAAUUUGAAUGAUCUCAAGAAGCGAGUCUUAGCUAUUGUUGUCGAUGAAAACGGUAACUCCAAGUGGACAAAGAACAUCAACGACUUGGCCUUGACUAUUGUCCAAAGAUGUACUGUCAACCCGAAGACGUCAGAUGGCGGAAAGGCCCAAACUACUCUCCCUUCUAACGACAUGGUUGCCUUUGCUUUCAACUGGUUAAUUAAGCAAACCCAACCUAACUCUAGAAUGUACGGUAUUUUGGAAGACCGAAUCUUCUCUAGCCUAAAGUCGCUUGUUCUCAGUUCCUUCCAGAAGGACGAGAACCUGUUGACUUCCGAGGAGUUUAUCCGUCUAACCUCUGAGAGCUCCUCGAACACGUCUUUGCUACAAUCUUCGUUUUCUUCUUCGGCACCACUAUCCUCCGCUGCAUACCUUUCACAGCCCUCAGAGAAGAAGGCAAAUGACCGUAACACCGAUGUCACUUUCCAGGAGUUGUCCACACUGGGUAAUGCCCUGACUAUCUUAAUUAAGUUCCACUGGAAUGUUCUGGGAAGCUGCUAUUUACAGUGCAUCAACUAA